AUGGCAUACGCUUAUUUGUUCAAGUACAUUAUAAUCGGCGAUACAGGAGUUGGUAAAUCAUGUCUUUUGUUACAAUUCACUGACAAACGUUUCCAGCCAGUCCAUGACUUGACAAUUGGAGUUGAAUUUGGAGCUCGUAUGAUUACUAUUGAUGGCAAACAGAUUAAAUUACAAAUUUGGGAUACGGCAGGACAAGAAGCUUUCCGUUCAAUAACAAGAUCAUACUACCGCGGAGCAGCUGGUGCAUUGUUAGUAUAUGACAUCACACGCCGUGAGACAUUCAAUCACUUAACAACCUGGUUGGAAGACGCGCGACAGCAUUCGAAUUCCAACAUGGUGAUAAUGCUGAUCGGGAACAAAAGCGACCUCGACGCCCGGAGAGAAGUCCGCCGAGAAGAGGGUGAGGCGUUUGCCCGUGAGCACGGAUUAGUUUUUAUGGAAACCAGUGCCAAGACAGCUGCUAAUGUCGAAGAGGCUUUCAUAAACACGGCCAAAGAGAUUUACGAAAAAAUACAGGAGGGUGUCUUUGACAUCAACAAUGAGGCCAACGGAAUAAAAAUUGGACCACAGCAUUCCCCGACCAACCCCGGAGGUCUAUCUGGAACCGGCGGUCAAGGUAAUGCACCAGGCGGUGGUUGUUGCUAG